UUUCCAGGCUGAGCCCUGAGGGGCUGGGGGCGGAGCGUCUGGCUGUGAGCUGGGUGGCUUUUAGGCCGGCGUUUGCUUGAAAACCGCCGCCGCCGCUAGGCCGGGGGCAGGCAAUGGCAGGGGAUGUGUAAUUGCGGACAGUGAGAGGGCCAUUGCUAUCAUGCCCGGGCGCGCGGGCGUCGCCCGGUUCUGCUUGCUGGCUCUCGCUCUGCAGCUACACUGGCCGCUGGCGGCGUGCGAGCCGGGAUGGACCACAAGAGAAAGCAAAGAAGGUAGCCCUCCGCUACAGCAUGAACUCAUAAUACCUCAGUGGCGGACUUCAGAAAGCCCUGGGAGAGGAAAGCAUCCACUCACAGCAGAGCUCAGGGUCAUGGCUGAAGGGCGAGAGCUGAUCCUGGACCUGGAGAAGAACGAGUACCUUUUUGCUCCAGCCUACACAGAAACCUGCUACACCACAAGCGGCAAUCCUCAGACCAGCACGUUGAAAUCUGAGGAUCAUUGCUUUUACCAUGGAACUGUGAGGGAGGUGGUCGAGUCCAGCGUCACACUCAGCACCUGCCGGGGAAUUAGAGGACUGAUUAUAGUGAGAAGUAACCUCAGCUACAUCAUCGAGCCUGUCCCUAACAGCGACAGCCAACACCGUAUUUACAGAUCCGAACAUCUCAAGCUGCCUCCGGGGAACUGUGGGUUUGAGCACUCCAGGCCCACCUCGAAGGACUGGGCCCUUCAGUUUACACAUCAGACCAAAAAGCAACCUCGCAGAAUGAAACGGGAAGAUUUACGCUCUAUGAAGUACGUGGAGCUCUACCUGGUGGCUGAUUACGCAGAGUUUCAGAAGAAUCGGCGUGACCAGGAUGCCACCAAAUACAAGCUCAUGGAGAUUGCCAACUAUGUUGAUAAGUUUUACCGGUCCCUGAACAUCCGGAUUGCUCUCGUCGGCUUGGAGGUGUGGACGCAUGGGGAUAAGUGUGAAGUUUCGGAGAAUCCGUACUCUACCCUGUGGUCCUUUCUUAGUUGGAGGCGCAAGCUGCUUGCCCAGAAGAGCCAUGACAAUGCUCAACUAAUCACGGGCAAGUCCUUCCAAGGCACCACCAUUGGCCUGGCCCCCCUCAUGGCCAUGUGCUCCAUAUACCAGUCCGGAGGAGUUAGCAUGGACCACUCGGAGAAUGCCAUUGGUGUCGCCUCCACUGUGGCCCAUGAGAUUGGCCACAACUUUGGCAUGAGCCAUGAUUCUGCACACUGCUGUUCUGCCAGUGCAGCCGACGGUGGGUGCAUCAUGGCUGCUGCCACCGGGCACCCUUUUCCCAAAGUGUUCAGUUCGUGCAACAGGAGGGAGCUGGACAGGUAUCUGCAGUCAGGAGGGGGGAUGUGUCUCUCCAACAUGCCGGAUACUAGGACGCUGUAUGGAGGCCGGAGGUGUGGCAACGGGUACCUGGAAGACGGCGAAGAAUGUGACUGUGGAGAAGAAGAAGAAUGUAGAAACCCUUGCUGCAAUGCCUCCAACUGCACUCUGAAGGAAGGGGCUGAGUGUGCCCAUGGUUCCUGCUGUCACCAGUGCAAGCUGGUGGCUCCUGGAACCCAGUGUCGGGAGCAGGUGCGGCAGUGUGACCUCCCAGAGUUCUGCACGGGCAAGUCUCCCCACUGCCCCACCAACUAUUACCAGAUGGACGGCACCCCCUGCGAGGGUGGCCAGGCCUACUGCUACAACGGCAUGUGCCUCACUUACCAGGAACAGUGCCAACAGCUGUGGGGACCUGGAGCCCGGCCUGCCCUCGAUCUCUGCUUUGAGAGGGUGAAUGCUGCUGGAGACACCUAUGGAAACUGUGGCAAGGGCUUGAAUGGCAAAUACAGGAAGUGCAGCCCCAGGGAUGCCAAGUGUGGGAAGAUCCAAUGCCAGAGCACCCAGGCCAGGCCCCUGGAAUCCAAUGCAGUAUCUAUUGACACCACCAUUACCUUGAAUGGGAGGCGGAUCCACUGUCGGGGCACCCAUGUCUACCGGGGUCCUGAGGAGGAGGAAGGCGAAGGUGACAUGCUGGAUCCAGGGCUGGUGAUGACUGGGACCAAGUGUGGUCACAACCAUAUUUGCUUCGAGGGGCAAUGCAGGAACACCUCCUUCUUUGAGACGGAAGGCUGUGGGAAAAAGUGUAAUGGUCACGGGGUCUGCAACAACAACAAGAACUGUCAUUGCUUCCCUGGCUGGGCUCCACCAUUCUGUAACACCCCGGGAGAUGGUGGCAGCAUUGACAGCGGUCCUUUGCCACCUAAGAGUGUGGGUCCGGUGAUCGCAGGGGUCUUUACAGCCCUCUUUGUGUUGGCAGUCCUGGUGCUAUUAUGUCACUGCUACAGACAGAGCCACAAACUGGGCAAGCCCUCUGCUCUCCCUUUCAAGCUGCGGCAUCGGUUCAGGUGGGACAGGGUGCUGUGCCCAGCCCUGGUGGAAAGUUGUCCUUUCAGGGUGUCUCAAAAUGGUGGAACUGGCCAUGCCAACCCAACUUUCAAGUUGCAGACACCUCAGGGCAAGCGAAAGGUGACUAACACCCCUGAAACGCUCCGGAAGCCCUCCCACCCUCCUCCCAGGCCCCCUCCAGACUACCUGCGAGUUGAAUCCCCACCUGCACCAUUGCCAGCACAUCUGAACAGGGCUCCUAGGAGCUCCCCAGAAGGUGGAAUUCCAAUAGAAAGAAAAGAGUCAGCCAGGAGGCCUCCCCCAAGCCGGCCCAUGCCCCCUGCACCUAACUGCCUACCGUCCCAGGAUUUCUCCAGGCCUCGACCACCUCAGAAGGCACUCCCAGCAAAUCCUGUGCCGGGCCAAAGGACCAUUCCCAGGCCAGCAGGCGCCUCCCUGCUUCAGCCCCCUACUACAGGUCCUCAGCCUCCUAGGCCUCCAGCAGUGCCUGUUCCAAAGCUUCCUGAGUACCGAUCACAGAGGGUUGGAGGGAUAACUAGCUCCAAGAUCUAGAAGUGUCUAGAAGUUUCAUGUUUCAAUUGAAGACUCCGGAUGCCAUGGAAGGUCCAGAAGAAAGAAGCCUGCUCAGCCACCCUGAAGCUUCAGUAGCCUUCUGGAACCCCCUCAUCCCCAGAAUCUCCCUUCUUACCCUAGCGCCUCCUGCUUCCCCUGAGGCCCAGGGGGACUCAUAUCCGAGGGCUCCUAAGUGUUGUCCUGUGCAAUAUACAGCCCGGGUAGGAAAGGGAAACAUAUGGAGGAGGGUGGGGAAGAUUCUCCCUCAGCCCACUAGCCAAGAGCUACCAGCGAUGCUCAGGGAAGUCUUGAGCUGGGGUCCUCCUAUACGGAGCUUGGAGAAGGCAUCCAUCUGGGUCCUAUGCUGGCAGGUACACAUGAGAGCUUCACUAUUGACUUCCCUCUGGGAUCCCAGGCUACCCAGGCUGGGCCUUACCGUCUCUUAGCUUUUAGGGACUGAGGAAGCUACUGCUGCAUCCCUGCCCCCAGGACUUGGUCAAGGUGCCUGUUCCUGGCUCUCUGGCUGCAUGCAAUAAGCCAUGCUCCUCUCCCCUGCCACUCUUCACAUUCCCACUCCCAUAUUUACACGGGUCACUCUGACUCAGACAGGUACUAUUUGUAAGUAGCUUAGACAGCAGGGGGGGAGUGGUCAACCUGUGUCCCCUCUGAGCCACGAUGCCAAAGGUUGCUAAGGACAGUUAGAAUCCCCAGUCAUCUAUCCCCAGUGUUCCAUGUGUCACCUUCUCCUCCUUUUCCAACCUCCCUAUCCUAUGGUGCUUUGGUGGUGAACCACGCAGUCCUGACUUGCCGAUGACUAUAUGCUAGUGACCUACAAAUCAGGAUCCUGCCUCAUGGGGUAGCCACUGGACUUUCUGCACUGGAUCUCAAGAGCAUUGAGCUGAGUGGCCGUUGUGUGCGUGCGUGUGUAUAUGAGAGACAGAGACACUGUGUGUGUGCGUGUGUGUGUGCGUGUGUGUGUGUGUGUGUGUGUGUGUGUGUGUGUAUGAGAGACAGAGACAAUGAGACAGACAGGCAGGCAGGCAGGCAGACAGCUCUGCAUGCAUUUGUGCUUUAUGGCCUUAGGCAGGAUAAGGGAUCUCCUCCUUAUUUCUGACCUAUAUGUAAGUAAGGUUCUCCAGGACAGCCACAGUUAUACUGAGGGGGACUAACAUGUUUGGAAUCCUGGCUAUUAGUAUUGCAUACACAGGGGCACCAGCCCCUCCCUAGUGGUCAGCUCUGAGGUGGGACUGUUGACUCUGUGAACAGAUCGCUGUCAGCAGCCAUGGUGAACCAGAUCUGGGCAGGGUUCCCCAAACUCUCCUCAUCCAGGGUUUUAUCAUGCACCUGCAUCCUCUCCUGGUUACUGCCUCUAGGUGAUCAUCAUGGCAAAUGCUGAGAAGGUGGGAACGGGACUUGGGUGGACCUCCUCUUGCUUGGUGCUCCGCGACUUAGAACAGUUGUUACACAUUUGCUGGGCCUGGCCUCUGAGAGGCCAUCUUCCACCCCCAGAAAGGUGCUAAUAGCACUCCAGAGGAUUCUCUAGGGGCCUUCCCACCACCCACAGCAAGCAGUUGUUAGCUCUUGGAACCCUCUAGAGGAAAAGGCAAGCUUUUGACUCCCCAUUUACCACCUCGAGGCCUCCUUAUAUCUCUUCACAGAGUCAGAAGGUCUUGGGACUGUAGACAAGUGGAAAAUAUGGCAUACAUGGCCUGGGGUUUAAAGGUCUCAGGAAAACAUCUUUCUCCUUUUCAGGGUGACUACGCUUUUCACAUUCUUAAGUGGGAUCCAAAAGCUUACUUAGGCCUUGGUCCGUCUCCUAUAUCAGUUUCUCAUUUGUGCGCUUUACCAAGUACCCAAUGACUACAGGUCAUCCUGACUCUCACCACAAAGUUAGAAACCCUCUCCGCUUUCUGUCCCUUGAACCAUAUCAGAAAAAGACCCAUUUCCUUGCUUUUUGGCAUCACUUCCAUUUUUUUCCUUUUUCAUUACUUCGAUACCACCUCCAUCCCAUAACAUUAUACUGUGACGUGUAAGAGGACAGGAUAUUUUUUAACUUGGUAGAAAAGUCGGCAGCUACUCUAGGUACACCUUCAUUCUAGGCUUUGUUUCCAAAGGCCAGCGAGGCUGUCACAGGUAGGAAUCCCUUCCCGUCUGCAUUGUGAAGGGUCCCAUACAGGUGUAUCUAGACUUCAAGGAUAGGGUUUGUCCCAAAGGAUUGUCACUUAGGAGAUGAAAGAAUAUUACCACAUGGGGAGUCGGGGGAGGUUGUAACAGAAUACUUUGGUCUACCUACACCAAGUCUAUGAGGGCAUCCGAGACUGAAAAGCCCUUUUCUUAUGCAUAGAAUGUGAGCAAGGCUAGAAAUAACUGUUCAAGGCAUCUCUGUUCCCGGCCAUUGAAGAGGGAUAUCAGAAGAUGUUGAAAUAGAUCAAAGCCAAGGCUCUGGUGGGCUAAGGGAAGGUUUGUAGCUGGAUUUAGUGGUGUACAUCAUUAGUCCUAACAGAGGCAGGUGAAUCUCUUGAAUUUGAAGUUAGCCUGGUCUAAAAAGGAAAUUCCAAGACAGCCAGGGAGACACAGAGGAAAAAAAAAACCUCUACAAAAACAAAAAUUAAGACAGGACCUCAUGUAUCCUAGAUUGGCUUUUAACUCACUUUAAAAACCAAAACCAAAACAAAGGAUGACCUCUGAACUCCUGAGUGCUCAGACUGCAGGCAUGUGCUACCAUGCUUUAUGUGGUCCUGAGUUCAAACACAGACCUUUAUAUGUGUAUAGGCAAACACCCUACAGCUGAGCUACAUCCGCCAGCCUAGGCUGUAAAUGUUUUUAGAAGCUAGAUAAGCUGCCUGCCAACCUUAGAACUGCAAAGCCAUGCCUGACCUGUAAACCUCAGCUCCCCAUCUCUAUAAGAGACAUAGCCUGGGCUAACCCCCUUCCAAGCUGCAACUCCCUGCUUGCUUUCUGUUCCUUCUAGUCUUGGUGACUUCCACUAGUAAGAAAAACCCCUUUCUACCCCUGCUCCAAGCAGCUGUAGACAGGAGGGUCCUAGUGCUCUCUGCAAGGCAGCCGUCCCACCCUGCAGCAGUCCUUCAGCGUCUCCCCUGGGCUCGGUUCAUUUGCUUACUUGACAAAGUGGGGGUGAGACUUGUAUUCUUAAAAUUGAAGGCUAGUCGUUUUGUCAGAUGUGUGUAAUGACAGACCCAGAGGACUCCACACACAGGCCAGGGAACACCAACUGGAAAGGUACCCCAUCCCUAGGGCAGCUUGCUAGGGAGAGGUUCUGUAGAAUCCGAGCCCAGUACCCCAGAGUCAUGUAUCCAGUGUCCUCUUGUAUGGCUGCGUGUACGUCUAUGUCUGGGAUCCAGGGCAAAUGUGAAUUUUCUUUUGAUUUGGGAGAUUGUUCACAGGAAAUAGUCCUCUCCUCUCAUGUCCUCCUAUUGAUUGUUUACAAUAUUUGUACAUCUAUGCAAAAUACUUGAAUGGGCCAUGGUGCCUUGUUUUGUUUUGUUUUUGUUUUGUUUUGUUUUUCCUUGUUUGUAUUUAAUUAAAACAAAUUGUCACUAGGAAA